AUGAUCCAACCACCAGCAGUCCCAGAGCGUGCCACUAUCGUAUGUCUACAAUGCAAAAUGCGAAAGCGGAAAUGCGACAAGCGUCUCCCAUGCUGCUCCAAUUGUGACCGAGUACAGCGCGCUUGUCGGUAUGACUACCAUGAGCCGCAGUCAACCGCAAGAAGCACAUGGACUGUUACAUUGCAGAACGGGGCUUCUGGAGCGUCGGGAAUAAAACGAUAUGAAAACACUCACUUUCAGAUCUCGGCAUCGUUCUUUCCUCGACGACAGGACGGGCAGGGGACGCCACAUCGCAAUAGAUUCGCUAAAGCGCCAGUCACGAUUCCGAUUGUUCAGUAUUGGUUCACUCCAACCUAUAAUGAUGCUACACUCUUUAUUACCACUUUACUUUGCGUCCUAUCGCAUCAACGGCGCCGGUGGAUGCUGACAGGGCAGACUGCCGAUGGCAGUUUUAGACCUCAGGAUGUACGGUGGCUCGAUUGGUGUUAUGUUGAAGGAAUUCGGCAAAUAAAUAGAGCUUUGAACGAUCCUGAGCCUGUUAUAACGGACAACAUGAUCCUCAAUGUUCUCAUCAUGGCCGCCGCAGAUGGGGGCACGGUCUCGAUCAACUCCUUGGAAUCCCCGUUUCAUGCCCCUCUUCGCAGCCUUCAGUGGCUCGAUAUCUAUGGCUCGGUAUCAGCAAAUCCGGUCCAUUUGCGAGGCUUGAUUCAACUUAUUCAUCUUAGAGGUGGACUGGAAAUGAUCGAGCUACCCGGUCUGGGUGCAGUUCUCUGUUUCUUUGAGCUCAUCAAUUGCUCCAGGAGCCUAUCACAUCCCCAGUUUUCGUUCAUUUCACUUCAAGGCAUUAAGAAUCCAACCAUUAGCGAAUAUUUCAUGUUCAGCACCGAUGGCCUCAAAGAUCGGUUCGCGGAACUAUAUCGUGUGGGUUGUUCUGAAGAAUUCCUCGCUAUAUAUCAAGCCAUGAGAGUCCACCUGUUCACGCUGGAUAGAUACUUGAGGGGAAUGAUACCGGAUCCAGAUCUGCGUCAGAUUAGUGAUCGGCGAAAUCUUAUCCAACACCGUCUCAUGUCCCUGAGACCUUCCUCUGGACGCGCGGACUGCCAGGUGAACCUCUCUGAGGCCUGCCGUCUUUCUGCUAUCAUUUUCAGUGUGGGCGUCAUAUUCCCACUCUCGGGACACGAAGCGCCUUUUUCUUCUCUUGCAAAUAUGUUGCGUGUAGAACUCGAACGGUGUGAUGUGACGGCUAUGCUAUCGGAACCUAAACAUACUACCCUCUUGGUUUGGAUUCUCACCCUGGGUGGGAUUGCUGCAACACAACCCGAUUUACGGCCCUGGUUUGUGAAUAAACUCGGUACCAUCGUUUUGACUUCGACAGCACAAUGGAUUGGUGUUAAAAAGAGACUUCAAGCUAUGCUCUGGUUGAGUGCUUCAUGUGACUGCGCAGGCGAGCGAUUGUGGAAGGAGGUUGAGAGCUUGAGAUCACAACCACCUUGUCGUGAAUCAAGAGAUUUAUGA